CUAGUCCGUGCAAUAUUCAAACAGUCUAAGACUAACAGUCCCAGAGAUAUCAAACAAGAGACAACUCCGGCAGUCAGCGGUUAGCAGUGCAACCCGGGCGUGCAACAUGGCCGCCCGCUUCGUGGUAAUCGCGAUGUGCGCAUGCGCGGCCGUCUCGCGCGCAACACAGCCCGCAGCUACGAUAUACUUGGACGUGUCACACCACGAAAACUUGGAAGUGAAGAAGAAUUAUACGCCGGAACUGCUGCAAGAGCUGGAGAAGGUCAAAGACGACGCUCUGCUGCUAUAUAUGGAGUACACCAGCCAGGCAGCCGCUGAUGUUAAGGCUUUCAUCAGAAACAUCACAGGACUCACCAAGGACACCAUCAAUGACAUGAAAACCAGAGUCUUAGACCGAGCUUCUCGUUCGUGUCGCGAUGAGUUCGACAAGGUUAUCGAGAAGGCUCAGAACGACGCUCACCGCGGCGCCCUGUUCAGUGGAGAGAACCAUCACAAGUACCUCCUGGGGCAGAUGAUUGUUAUGAGAAUGCAUCUCAAUAAGAGCGAAGAUUACCUCCGGAGAUGCGGAAAGGUUAACAAAGACUGCGGAGUGUCGUGCGACGUUAUGUUACAGAAAACUCCGAGACCUUUACGAUGGUGUCGUCUGGCUCAGAUAGAGAUGAACAGGGUGAAGGAAGACAUCGCACACACGAAGAAGACAUACAGAGAUUUGAUCAUACACAAUAGAAGGAAACUAGCUCAUUUAAAGAAGAUAGCACGCGUCCGGGCCGAGAGAGCUGCGGCGGCUGUGGACACGUGCGUCAAGAACACGACCUGCUAAACAGAGGAGAUCGUCAUCUAGAAGAAUUGAUACAAUACAAUAAAAAGUCCAAAAAGUCAUCUGUCGCGUACUAAACAAACGAGUACUAUGAAACAAACCUCAUACUACUAAUUUGGACGUUAGACAUCACAUACUAAGCUCGUUUCAUCGGUUGCCGUUAUAUAAGUACAAACUGAAAUGAUAUCGUUUAAAAGUUGCCAUAUGUUAGAUAUUUAUUGUUAGGUAAGUUUUAUUAUUGUAAGGAAGUCGGCUGCCAUGACUCGAUUUAUUAUUAAGCUACGAAUGAUGUCGUUUGUGAUUAUAAUCUAAUAUUAGAACCGAUCGCGUUCGUAAAAAUUGAUUUUUACCAAAAAUUUUAUUAACAAUAUUCUCAAAUCAACGGUCCCAGAAUAGUUUCGUAGAAACUAAUUCAACUUAAUCAAAUGAUUUUAAUCAGUAUUCUAUACAAAUGUAUUUAUUUAUAGUUAGGCAGAUUAUUUUACAGAAUAUAUGAGAUGUGAAAUAAAUAAAAAAAAAAAAAUACUAAAUCUAGUCUAGAAAAAGUCUUUUUUGGGGAAAGGCUUGAGAUGUGUAUGGCGGGGAUGACGAUCCAUAUCCCCGUGAGCCUGAACUAUCACUUCGAGGGUCCGCCAUGCGGAGGUGUCUCCGGUCUCCAGCCGUUCUUCCCUGAACUAUCAUUUUAAUCGUCACUGUCGUCGUCAGCUUCCAAGUCUCUGUGAUAACUGAACUCAUUCAAUAACAUUUAGUUAAAAAGUACAAUCAUUUUUAAUUAAUUAUUAUAAUUAACACUAUAUCCAUGUUACAUUUGUAAAUAAAAUUUCUUUUGUAGAA